GUGGUAAAAGGCCGGUACCUCGGGCAAGAUGGCUACGAAGAGUCUCGCUUCCCGCCUCCGGGGCUCCCGGCGUUUUCUGAGCGGCUUCGUGGCUGGGGCUGUAGUGGGAGCUGCGGGAGCUGGGCUCACGGCCCUGCAGUUCUUCCGGAGUCAGGGCGCUGAGGGAGCGUUGACAGGGAAGCAGCCGGAUGGAUCUGCGGAAAAGGCUGUCUUGGAACAAUUUGGAUUCCCUUUAACUGGAACAGAGACAAGGUGUUACACUAAUCACGCUUUGUCUUAUGAUCAGGCAAAGCGGGUGCCUAGAUGGGUUCUUGAACAUAUUUCCAAAAGCAAGAUAAUGGAUUCUUCAAGUUUACACUCCUACCAUCAUUGUUUGUUCUCUCUCUCAACCUUCACCCAUGGUGAUGCAGACAGAAAGCAUUGUAAAUUUAAGCCUGAUCCCAAUAUCCCUCCAACCUUCAGUGCCUUCAAUGAAGAUUAUGUUGGAAGUGGGUGGUCACGAGGACACAUGGCUCCAGCAGGAAAUAACAAAUUUUCAAGUAAAGCCAUGGCUGAAACCUUUUACCUUUCUAACAUUGUGCCUCAGGAUGUUGAUAAUAAUUCUGGAUAUUGGAACAGAAUAGAAAUGUACUGUCGAGAGCUGACAGAAAGGUUUGAAGAUGUUUGGGUGGUAUCUGGGCCUUUGACCUUACCUCAGACUGGAAGCGAUGGAAAGAAAAUAGUUAGUUACCAGGUGAUUGGCAAGGACAACGUGGCAGUCCCCUCACACCUUUAUAAGGUAAUCCUGGCCCGCAGAAGCUCAGUAUCUACCGAACCACUGGCGCUAGGGGCCUUUGUGGUACCCAAUGAAGCCAUCGGCUUCCAGCCCCAGUUAACUGAAUUCCAAGUGAGCCUCCAGGACCUAGAGAAGUUGUCAGGACUGGUGUUUUUUCCUCAUUUGGAUAGAACUAGUGAUAUCCGGAAUAUCUGCUCUGUGGACACCUGUAAGCUCCUGAAUUUCCAGGAGUUCACCUUGUACUUGAGUACAAGAAAGAUUGAAGGAGCCCGAUCAGUGCUCAGACUGGAAAAGAUCAUGGAAAACUUGAAGAAUGCAGAGAUUGAACCAGAUGAUUACUUUAUGAGUCGCUAUGAGAAGAAGCUAGAAGAACUCAAAGCUAAAGAGCACUCAGGAACCCAGACAAGAAAGCCAUCCUAGUUUUUAUCUCAAGAUGUGUCAUACCAUCUGUAAUGAAGCAGGCAUGCCCUCUUUAGGCUAACAUAUUUUAGUGGCUUUGCUUUUUGCUUUUUAAAAAAUUUUUCUCUUUAAGAGAUGUGGUCUCGCUGUGUCAUCCAGGCUGGAGUGCAGUGGUGGAAUCAUAGCUCACUAUAGCCUCAAACUUCUGGGCUUAAGCAAUCCUCCUGCCUCUGCCCCCUGAGCAACUGGGACUACAGGCACACACCAUCGCCCUCAGCUACUAGUGGCUUUGCUUUAAAGAAACAAUGGAAUCCUAAAUUUAUGACUAAAAAUUCCCCCAAAAGAUGAAAGAUCUACAGUGUUUUUGUCAGUAUUAUAUUUGACUCAGGAACUAAUUAUUAAGGGAGCUUUGACACCUGCAGAUGGAGGGCUGAUCUUGUGUCAAGUUAACAGGAAGACUGCCCACAGAUGACACUGCAUUUGUAUCCCUCUGGAUGUAGAGUAUUGGGAAGACAUUUGUUUAGUUUCAUGCUUCCAAACCAUGCAUUGUCUUUGAUGUAUCUGCCCAGCCUUCUCAGAACUCAGUGUUGUACAUUUUUCCCCCUAGGACCUGAAUUGGUCUUGGAGGCAGCUUUUAGAAAUCUUCUAUGUAGUUCCUGUCCACAUGCACUGUAUAUUUGUUUCCUCUUUCUCCUCUCAUGAAUCUGCUCUUUUCUCUAGUUCUGUCUACGUAGAAGCACUCAGCAACUAGUUUCUGCUCAUUAAAUGUGUUCUAUAUACUAGGCUCAGUGCUUUACAUGUGUUGUCUCACAAUGACUCUCUGAGGUAAAUAUACUAUCCCCAUUUUACCUGUGAGAAAAUUGAGGCUUAGAGAGCUUAGUGUCUUACCUGAGUUUCACUUUUCCAAAGUAGUCAUCCACAAAGUAUGAGGCAGACAGAUCUAAGAGAAGAAAGACAGCUGAGGUAGAUUCGUCUUUUCUGACAUGGAUGGUGGCUUUUUACUCAGAAAUAUAUACCUAUUUCCAUGGGUAUUUGUGGGCCCGAGGCGUGCUUGGCAAGAAGACCUUGGUUUCUCGUCUGCUAUGCAAGCCAAAGGGACUUUAAUGUUCUUUGAAUUGAACCCUCCUUAGCUCUGUGGAAAGAGACAGUCAGGAGUAUUUGGGAAUUAGACGGCAAUACUUUGUGGGGUUUAUUAGAGCCCAUGCUUGCCUCCAGAGAUACAGUUCUUUUAGUGACCAGAUACUGCCAAAUUGAUGUGUUCUUGCUUUCCAGGUGAGCUUUUUGUUCUUAAGAUUAAGAAACCUAUGACGGGUCUACGGCCAGGCAUGGUGGCUUAGGCCUAUAAUCUCAGCACUUUGGGAAAUCGAGGUGGAUGGAUCGCUUGAGCCCAGGAGUUUGAGACCAGCCUGGGCAACAUAAUGAAACCCUGUCUUUACAAAAAAAUACAAAAAU